AUAACGUUAAGCCCGCCAAAAUCAACUACUCCCGCAGCAAGAAGAUAGAGCAAGAUUGGAGAAGGAGAUCGUGAGAACAAAGCACCACCAAUCCAAUUUACUUCUGAAACGAUAAAGGAUAUGGAUGAAUAUGACAUACUUGAGCGUCUUGGCUCUGGCGGAUUCGGUGUAGUCUGGGAAGUUAUCCACAGGUCUAAUGGUACAAGGUGGGCAAUGAAGAGAUUGACAUUGAACCGUGAGGAUGAGCACGGUGUUCCACCUUGUAUAUUUAGGGAGGCGUGUAUCAUGAGGGAUAUACACCAUCCGAACAUAGCAAGGUUGGAACACUGUUUCAUCCACAAUGGACACAUCUACUUCGUGAUGGAAUUAUUAGAUCAAACUCUAUCGGAGCAUAUCACUAGGCUAGGUGGAGGUUUGCUUGAUAUUAAAUCUUUUUUAAGACAAAUUCUUGAGGGAGUAGCACAUUGCCACUCUUUAGGGAUUCUCCAUCGGGACCUAAAAUUGAGCAAUUUGAUGCUGAAAGGAAAUCAGUUAAAAAUCAUUGAUUUUGGGCUGGCUAGAGGCUUCAUAUCUACCGAUGGUGAUCUUAGUCCGCAGAUUGGAACAUAUGCUUAUAUGGCACCGGAAAUUUUGCUAGGCUCGACUAGUUAUGCUGCAGCUGCAGAUAUGUGGUCUGUAGGUUGCAUUUUCGCAGAGAUGGUGCUUAGGGAUGAGUUCGUUUUUGGGAACUCUGAACUGGAUGUCAUGUUAAUGAUCUGCAAGAAAAUGGGCCUUCCAAAUGAGGAGAUUUGGCCUGGAGUCUCUUCAUUGACAUAUUGGGAGGAGUUCAUGGAGAGGAUAUCUAAUUGUCCUCCAACGCAGCAGGAUUUUGCAGAAUACUUUCUUAAGAAAAGUGGAUAUGCACUUGAUGACUCCGGAAUAGAUUUACUUCUGAGGCUUCUUACAUAUAAUCCUGCCAAGAGAAUUAGUGCUUCAGAAGCGCUAAAUCAUCCCUACCUGCAUACUUAGAGCCAUUUGACUGGAUUAAGAAGACCUUCAUUGAGGAGGAGCCUGAAGGAAAGUGAGCAGGGAUCAGAUUUCUGAAUAGCUUUUUGAUAUCUUUCAUCAUGUUGGCAAUGAGAAACCUUGAGUGAAGCUGACAUGAAUAAUGUUGUUUCAUUUUCUAGUUAUUGUUGAGGCCUUAUUGGCAUUAAUUCCUAGUUUAACUGGACAAUUUUAAACUCAAGUGUUUGAUUUUGUAAUCUGAAUUGUACUUCAGCUUUUGCUCCCUC